CCGGGGCGCGGCGGGGGCUGGGCGGGGGCGCCGCGGAGGACGCCGAGCGCCGUGGGGCGCCGAAGAAGGGCUGCGCGUGGCUGCUGGUGACGCACGAGCCGUGCCGCCGCGACGAGCUGAUGACAGCACUAGAAAAAGCCACUGGUGAUGUUGUGUUCAAGUUUGAACCAUUUGUUCUUCAUGUGCUUUGUCGAGAGCUGCAAGAUGCACAGCUUCUGCAUUCAGUGGCUAUUGAUUCUGGGUUUAAGAACUCUGGUAUUACUGUCGGCAGAGGAGGAAAAAUUAUGAUGGCUGUCCGGAGUACUCACUGCUUAGAAGUUCCAUUGAGCCACAUGGGGAAGUUGAUGGUCUCUGAAGAAUAUAUCGAAUUUCUGAUACACGUGGCAAAUCAGAAAAUGGAAGAAAACACAAGGAGGAUUGACAGAUUCUACAAAUGCUUACAGUUAGCUUUGGAGGCAGAUGUCAGUGCAAAUAACUUGCCUUCUGAGGAGACAAAGAAGUAUCACUCAGUGUACAUUCACAGAAGAAAGAGAAGGACCAUUCAAGAACAAGAUGUACACACCUCUCCAAAGGAUCAUAGCGAAGUAUUAGAGCCUGAGGACGAUCCAGAAAGUAACCUUGGUAUUUUUGCUGAAAUAAUGAUGUAGACUAAGGCAUUUGAAAGCAAAUGGCAAACUGGAUGAUAAUUGUAAUGUUCUUUAUAUAAGAGACAGAAAUUGCUCUAAGUAGUAACACUCCCAUGGACAUUACCAGAAAGAAAAUUAAUUAAACAGAAUUGUGGACAGGUGUAAUGCCACAGAAGUACAGGAAACAAAACCUCAUUUUUUAUAUAUAUUUUUUUGUGUUGUUGUUGUUAACAGCACUGUUGAAUUAACAUUCUCUUACUGUGUUUUUCAGUUAUCACAGAGGUAACUGGUUUGCUAUAGCCUUUGGCCCUGUUCUUUAUAGAAGCAUUUCCCUUUCAAUUGCUGGGUUAAGGCCUGCUGAUUUUUUUUCAGAGGAGAGACUCUAAAAACUGUGUUGUUAUCCUUGAAAGUUUUUAGACCCUGUAGGAACUCAGAAAAGUGUGCAGCAAUGUAGAUGGCCCUUUCAUGAAACACAGCCACUCAUUAGUCAGUUCAAGUAUGGUACCUGGUCAGAACGUUAGUACAAAAGAGAAAAACUUAAGUAUGCAGACUUCAGCCUGGUGCCUCCAGGAUCCCAUCCUAACUAUUAUUGCACUGAGCAGCAAGGUUGGCACUGUUUUCCUGCACUUUACUCUGUUUCAGGCUCCAGCCCCACUGUGUUCACGUGAUCUGUUUCCCUUGGCCAGGGCCUACUGAGUGUUACUUUUCUUUGCAUCUUUUAGCCAACUAUGUAAACUGUUAUUUCAUUAGCUCACUUAGAUACGUUUCUAUCUGGUCAGCACCCAGCAUCAGUCCAAACUGUUGGGCAAAAAGUCAACCAAGUGUCUGCGAUCAGGCUUUCUUACCAGGGUAUAAAAUACUGACAUGCCUUAAAUGUUACAGAUGUUUGCACUGUUUAAUCUGUAUAUAUUCCUGUAUUGUACCUCUGAAAAAGUCAAUGCAUACUGGAGUUUAUUUUGCAGAAAAAUGAUGAAUUUGUAAAUUUUAGCAACAAUUAAUUCUGAGCCCUUGUUUUUAUGGCUGAGUGGA